AUUAAAAGACCUCAAAUCCCAAAGUAUUGCUGUGGCAGGCCAGCCGGCUGUCAUGUCAGAGGAGCUCUGUGAAUGAGCUGCUGAGGCGAGCAGCUACAGCUCCUCAGGAGAGGAAUUAAACUCCAGUCCAGGACGCCCGCAGAGGCCUCAGAAGCACAUAUCCUCCAAGACAUGGACCCAGCAUGGACCACCACGGUUCUCCUGGUGCCCUGCGUUGUCGUGCUGACAGCCGGAUUUUUCUACCUCUAUGGUUUGAUUGUUGGUUUGCUGUCCAAAACAUCAGUACGCAAUAAGGUGGUGGUUAUAACUGACGCUUUAUCUGGGCUCGGAAAAGAAUGUGCAGGUGUGUUUCACAAAGGAGGAGCGAGGUUGAUCCUCUGUGGGAAAAGCUGGGAGAAACUGGAAGAACUUGCUGAGGGUUUGGCGAACGCCUCAGACCCCACUGUAACGUUUCCUCCUAAGCUGGUGUUGCUGGAUUUUGGAGAUAUGGACAGCAUGCCUGAUGUGAUCGCAGAGAUCCUGGACUGUUACGGCUGCCUGGACAUUCUCAUCCUCAACAGCAGCAUGAAGGUCAAAGCACCGGCACAGAGUCUGUCUCUGGAGAUGGACAAGUUACUGAUGGACAACAACUACUUUGGACCGGUCACACUUGCCAAAGGUGUGCUGCCCUCCAUGAUCUCGAGGAGAACUGGUCACCUGCUCCUGGUCAACAGCAUCCAAGGGAAACUAGCUGUGCCUUUUCGCACUACAUAUGCAGCCUCCAAACAUGCAGUUCAGGCCUUCUUUGACUGCCUGCGAGCUGAGGUGGAAGAGUACGGCAUCUCCGUCAGCACCAUCAACCACACCUUCAUCAGCCGCGCUGCGUCUGAAAACUCGGAGGCAGCUUCCUCCAAAUCCAUCUGGUCAUUGUUGUACACUAAGAAACCCCUCGGCGUUUCUCCAGACGAGGCAGCCACUGAGAUUGUCAAGACCUUAAACAACAAGAGGAAAGAGGUGGUAAUUGCUCCCUCGCUCCCCAAGGUGGCCAUCUACGCCAGAUCCUUCUUCCCUAAUGUUUUCUUCGCUGUGAUGGCUGCAGGGGUGAACAACGCCGCUGCCUCGGAGAAGAUGUAGUGCUGCGGUGCACACAGUACUCUGCUGUACACUGUAACGACUGAGGGUAUUUAUGAAGUGAGAUUUUCUGUGAGGGUGAAACAAAUCAGUGGAGAUACUGAAAAAUUAAGAAUCAGGACACAAGAAAUCUUGAAAUAAUAUUUAUGAUCUGUUGUUUGUGUGGAUUAAUGUUUUAUCCUGUUUCUCCAUUAAAUCUUUGAAACUGAAUUUAUGAUGUGAACCCUCAGAUUGUAUUUAAACAAUUAACCAUGUGGAGUGUGGGUCUUAAGUGUAUUGUAAGAAAUACAGUCUUAAACUCAGACUUAUGUGUAGAAUUAUCAUUUUAAAAAAUGUGUAGCCUGUGUUAAACAGGUCUGAGUUGUAACGACACCUCAUAUAGAUAGUUUCUCCAUCAGAGAGAAUUAUUUUCUGUAUAUUUUACAGGAUAACGUAAAUAAGGUGAUCAUCAAAGUGCAGAAUUUGUAUAAAAAUAGCCAAUUAUGAAGAAAAUGUUGAGUCUGUUUAUUUGUGGACUUGAUUAAAUUCAGAAUAUCAAUAAAGUAUUGACAUGUAUGUAUGCAGUAGUUAAUAUUUUAGUUUAAUGAAUUUUAUUAUUUGUUUAUUAUUGUUUUGUGUUUGUUUUUUUUUAAUGGCAUGCCUUUAUUUUACACGUCUGUAAAUUCCACUUGAUUUCCAAAUAAUUGUCUAAGAAGUGUAGUGGAGAGAACCACAUGAUUUGGUUUAAUUACAGGUAAAACAGAGCGAAAUAAAACGUUA